AUGGGGAAAAUCCAGAGAAAAGAAGUGAAGGAUAUAAAGAAGAAGGCAUUUGCAGAGGUGCUUGCAGUUCUGAAAGAAGAAGAAAAGGAAAGGAUAAGGACUGACGUUACAGAAAACAGAAGUAACCAAGUAAAGGAAAUGGUCAUUAUUGAUCCUUUUAAGGUCAACCAGGGCAACAGGUACAAGGUGUUCACAGGUGAUUCUUUAUCCGGCAUUGUCACUGUGGAACUGCCAUUUCCUGAGGUCAGAGAAUCUGAUGCCUCUGUGGAUGAUGGUGGGCAUGAGCUGGCACAUUUGGGGGUUUGUGGAGAUUAUAAUGGUGGAGAUGAUGGUGAGGAUGAUGAUAGUGAAGAUUAUGAUGGUGGAGAUGAUGGUGAGGAUGAUGAUAGUGAAGAUUAUGAUGGUGGAGAUGAUGGUGAGGAUGAUGAUAGUGAAGAUUAUGAUGGUGGAGAUGAUGGUGAGGAUGAUGAUAGUGAAUAUUAUGAUGGUGGAGAUGAUGGUGAGGAUGAUGAUAGUGAAGAUUAUGAUGGUGGAGAUGAUGGUGAGGAUGAUGAUAGUGAAGAUUAUGAUGGUGGAGAUGAUGGUGAGGAUGAUGAUAGUGAAGAUUAUGAUGGUGGAGAUGAUGGUGAGGAUGAUGAUAGUGCUGAUUUGCAUAGCUGCAGUUCAGAACCUGUUAGAAGUGAGUGA